GCAAACCACAAAUCUUAACAUACCAGGAAGAUGAGAAUUUCAUUUUAAACACAAUGAAGCAUACCAUAAAUAUGUGAAACCACACCAUAAAUUAGGGGUGGAAGGAGGUGCUGUUGUGAUUAACCGCACCACAUUUUGCUGUUAACCACAACCAUAAAACACUGAUAACACAAACCACACCGCGGUAGUUAGUGGUUAACCACUAAUUGCACUGCGGUUUAAUUGCGCUGCGGUUUUGAAUAUACUAAACAAAAAAUUUUUUGCAUUAUAUUAAUAUGUGUCAUCUUCUUAAUCGGAAUAUACAAAAGAAAAGUCAUGGUUUCAUUAUAAUAUUUUUUCAUAAACAAGUUCCAAAAGAAAGUUAGUAACAAUAUAAGUUGCAUUCUAUUCUAUCUUAUUUACUUGGAAUACUUGAAAAUUUUAUAAAUUAAAAUAAUAAAAUAAUUUGUAGAUAUUGGUGGAAAUGAGGAUGGGCUCAUGGACAUAAAUGCUCAUUUUUCUUUAGACAUGGCCUGUGAGAAUUGCUGGGUUUGGUAAGUUGUGAAUUAAAUGUUUAUGAUAUAGUUUGGUUUUUGUGGUUUAACCGCUGUGGUUAGUGGUUAACCACUAAUCACAAAAAUCAUCACUUUGCUAACCACAACUAACCCCUAACCAUAAAUUGCGAUUAGUGGUUAACCAAAUCAUUUACGGUUCGGUGCGGUUUGCGGAUUAACUGCAAACCACACACCAAACUUCCACCCCUACCAGAAAUAUCAUAAUUCAUACAAGAAAUUUCAGGUCGUCUACCUGUAAAGUGUUGUUGUGUUGCAUCGGAGGUCAAAAUGGGUGACAUAUUUGAGAGGUGUACCAAAUUAGGAGUCCAACAGAGAAGGACAUCUCGUGCGUGGAGGAGUAACUUAACUUAUGGAGCAAGGUUUUAGGUCGUGAGACUUGACAACAAAGUAAGGUUUUCUAUUGACUGGAACUAGAGAGAAUGGGAUGGAUGCUAGAAAAUGCAAUAGGAUUGAAGGUUUCCAUGGUAGUCGCAGGUGCGGAGACGUGAGAAUCUGAUUCGGGCCUAAAUGUACACUUUGUAUCCCCGUUUCUCUUUGACGUUUGUGGCAAUUGAGCUCCAAAAAGGGUGGUUUUACGCUAGGUUGCUUAUGUUUCAAUGUGUUUCAGAGUCUAACUGGUGAAACCAACCCCGGAGUCGAAAGUUGGAAGAAAAUGAGCAAAGGCCGGGCAAAGAGAGGAUCUAACCACAGUUCACGAUUAAACAUUGGAGUUCACGAUCGCCAUGACCGUGAACAGGAACCACAAACCGUGAACCGCGAAGCGUUCAGAGGGGUUUCAGAGGUUACUGAAGCCAAGGUAGUUCACGGUCGCUAUGGACCGUGAACUGGAGCCAUGGACCGUAAACCCCAGAAGUGAAGAGGCGCGUUUUGAUCAAAGUUCAUAGAGUUCACAGACGGGGGCUGAUGUACACGACCGUGAACUGUGCGCGAUUUGUGUAUAAAUAGAGAGCUGAAAGGAAGAAGAAAGGGAGAGCCCAAAGUGAGAGAAACUUUAUUCUCCUUGAAACCCUAGAGAGAGAAAGCACAAACCAAGAGGGAGAAGAGGCUAGGGUUUGCUCCAAGAGAAGAUUUUGGAAUUUCCUCUUCAAGAGAGGAUCUCUACAAGCACAAGAAGAGUUGGACGCAUCACAAUGAUGGUUUCUUUCUUCAUCCUUUGUGUUCUUCCUUUGUCUAGCAUGGAGUAGUUUCACUUUUCACUUGGGUGUUGUAGAACCCUAACUACUAUAAUGUAAUUGAUUGUGUGAUGGUGGUGUUUAAUUUAAGAAUUGAGGUAUUUUUCAUGGUGAUUGUGCAUUGUGUGUGUUUGGAACCAAAAUGAGGAAGCGGGAGCCGAGGAUGAGCCAAGGACUAUGAGCUAUUACAUGGCUCCACGGGCGACAGAUAUCCAAUCUCCUAUCCUAAAUCCACCUGUGGCCACCAAAAACUUUGAAAUCAAGCCCGCUCUCGUGACGAUGAUUCAAAAUAAUUCCUUACUCCACGGGCUUGCCAAUGAAUCACCGUGAGAGCAUGCUCAAAGGUUUCUUGAGAUCAAGAUAAAUGGCAUCUCCAAGGAGGCAUUGAAACUGAGGCUAUUCCCCUAUUCUUUGGCGGGGAAGGUGCUCUGAUGGCUCAACAAGCGUCCGGCUCGAUCCAUAACCUCUUGGGAUGAUUUACUCAACAAGUUCAUGACCCGAUAUUGUCUUCCUUCCAAGACGGCCGAGUGGAGGAAGAAAAUCACUCACUUUGAGCAAGAGGAAGAUGAGAGGUUGAGGGAUGCAUGGGAAAGAUUCUCCGACUACUUCCUCCAAUGACCUCGCCAUGGAUUCGAGGAGCAAUUUCGGGUAGAGACUUUUUAUGGAGGGCUCAUUCAAGAUGACUAGAUUCUCAUCGACUCUCUUUGCCAAGGGAAGUUGAUGAACAUGACCCCACCUCAAGUGACCGAGUUGCUUGAAGAUAUGGCUCUCAAAGGAUAUGAUUGGGGCUUGACAAGGAGUGGGAAGAGAAUCACCGAAAGAGGAGUGCAAAGUGUGGGAGCAAGUGCUCCAAUUGAAGCAAAGUUUGACAAGUUGAUCGGGUGAUCCUUGAGGACAAGAAGCAAGGGAAGAGAGCGGUGAUGUCUUGUGAUUGGUGUUCAAGCACUAAUUAUGAAAUUGCGGAUUGCCAAGCGAUGAAGGAGAUAAGUACCCCCGAGGAGCACGUGAGUUUCAUUGUCAAUGCUAGAGGGAAAAACCUUUAUAGCAACACUUACAACCUCGGGUGGCGCAAUCAUCCAAUUUUCGCUUGGUCUUCCCCUACCAAUCCAAGACCUCCAGGCUUUCAAGGUCCAACGGGAAAUUAUCAACACAAAGGCCUCAAUUCCAAAAUUCGAACUUCCAACAACCAUACCAAGCACAAGGUGGUCAAGGGUUUCAACAAAAACAACAAGUCGACAAGUUCUCUAAACUUGAAGAUCUAGUCACCAACUUUGUGAGUACAAGCUCUCAGAAGUUUGAGAAGAUUGAGAAAUUCAUGGAUGUGGCAACCUCCAAGUUUACCUCGGUUGAGGCGAGACUCUGAAGUCAUCAAGCAAGUCUCCAUAACUUGGAAGUGAAAAUCAGAAAUCUUGUCGGGAUCCUCACCAAGAGACCAAAGGGAGCCCUACCCUCUCAAACCAUUACAAACCUCAAAGAUCACGCCGGGGUGUAUGCAUUUCAUUUGAGAAGUGGGAAGGUGACUCCGGUGGUAGUUGCCAAAGAAAUGAAUGAGAAGGAAGACCCUCUACCCGAGGGUGGAGAAGAAGAAACCUCGAGAGAAAAGAGAGGAGUGGCGAGGAAAGCAUCACCAACGCCAUCUUUAGUGGCUGAGUACACGCCACCCCUACCUUUUCUAAUGAGGGUGCACAAGGAAAGACUGGAAGCGGAAUGUGGAGGUUUAAUGGAGAUGCUCAGAAAAAUCCACCUCAACAUUCCCUUCCAUGAAGCAAUGUCCCACAUGCCAAGGUAUUCAAAAUACCUCAAGGGGCUUCUCUCCAAGAAGCUGAAGUUCGAAGACCUCGCCAAUGUCACCCUAAGCGAUAGGGCUGGGAAACGGUGUAGUCUGGCCAUAUAUACAGUAUGCGGUCUAGACCGAGAGGAUAGAAUAGAGACCAUGGACCAGAUCAUAAACUAUACGGUCUAGACCAGACCACGCCUGUGCGGUGCGGUCCAGUCUAGACCAGCAGACCAUGUUCAACGAAACUUGUAUUGUUCAAUACUACAUACCAACUAUUAACUAACACAAAAACACAUUGACAUCUCAUCAUCACCAACAAUAAAGCUCAAAGGUCAACUUAAAAACCAACAUAGACUUUGUUACAAAGUACCAACCAACAAUUUGAAAUCUAAAACCCAACAUAACAUAACUUAAAAUCCAUAACAUACAACAUCCUUAAUUCAAUAACAAUAACUAACAAGUCUUACAAUCUACAAACUGCAAGUUCGAACACCACCCUCUCUUAGUCCUUCACAGUUCACACAUUUGAAGUUGACCCAACAUCAUCACUUCCUCCACCAAUCUCAAGCUUCUUCUCCACCACAAAGUACAUAUUACAUAACAAUUUCUUCUUGCAUUUCUCAUAAUGAAGAGCUAGAGUAGACGUACCAAUACUAUAUGGAUCAGCAACAAAUACUUGUCCACAAGUGAGGCAACUUGCCUUCUUCUGACCAUUUUCAAUAAACCUCCUGUACUCUCUCCAUAUUUUCGAACUCAAUUUGCUCCAUAUACGGAGGUCCUCAUCAUAUUGGAAUAAUGCAGCAGAAACUAGAGGUGUUACUACUACUGUUGGGGGCGCUUGGGCUAUUGCUAGGUGUGGUGCAACAGCGGGUGGUUGUCCCUAAGCUGGAGGAGUCGCCAUAAAGCUGAAUCUGCAUUAGAUUCAGUACUAGAAUUAUCUUGAAAUCGGGCUCCUUUACUAGCAUGAAUGGAUAGACAUAUAAUUGCUUGUUAGAUGUUGAAAUUAGAGUAACACCAUUGACCCCCUCCCCUCAAUCUUGAUAUAAGGUCUUUCUUAUUGCAUUCCAAAAUAUUAGACCCCCUCCCCUCAACACUCUUAUGUUGAUACUUGAUACAAGGUGAACCAAAAACACAUAAUAAAAGGAUCUAUUUCAAGUUAUUACCCUAAAUCGUCUCUAUCUAAUGAACUAAAUCCAACCCAUGAAAACACUUAGGGGUCGUUUGGAGAACGUGAUUUAGGGCGUGGAUUCAUUGAAUCCGUAGAUUUUGUAGAAAGUUAUGUUUUUUGUCGUUUUUUGUAUUGUGAAUUUUACCUUUAGAAGUUUCAAAUCUCUAAAAUCUACGGAUAUCAAAUCCCUUAUAAUCAGAGAGAUUCAAUAUCUUGAUUCGUGAAAAUUUUUUAUCAUACGUUUUCUCUUUCUUUUCUUUAUUUAUCAUAUUAAAUAUAUUUAUCAACAAAGUUUUUAAUAUUUCUUGAACCACUCUAGUUUUUUUAAUAAGGAUAAACAUAUUAUUUAAUAUAAAAUUAAAAUUUUA